AUGGUGGUCGUGAAUAAACCGGCUGGGUUACCUACUCAUCCGUCAGGGAAGUACAGAUUGAACAGUUUGACUGAGGUGCUGGUAGGACAGUUGGGGUAUACGGUGCAUCCUACUCACCGGCUGGACAGAAUGACGUCGGGGAUCGUUGUGCUGGGGAAAACUGCUCAGGCCACUUCCCGGUUUAGAACCGAUUUGACGAAUAGCAACAAUGUCCACAAAGAAUAUUAUGCUAAGGUGGUGGGAAGAUUUCCUUUAGAAGAUACGACUUUUGAUUUCCCGCUGUUUGAUAUCGACGCCAAUCGGGACCGGGCCUCGUUCAUGAAAGCGUUUGCCAACCGUAAACCAGCCCAGACCAAGUUCAAGUUGGUCAGAUACGAUUUGAAAGACGACUCGAGUUUAGUCAAAUGCGUGCCUGUUACGGGUCGAACCCAUCAGAUUCGCAAACACCUGGCUCUUAUGGGCCAUCCAAUUGCCAACGAUUCAUUGUACAAGCGACCGGUGUUCAGAGAAAUCAGUCUGCUGCUUGAGAAAAAGAACAUCGAAUCUGAAAAAGAGCACGAAUCAGCAGUCUCAGAAGCAUUCACACGACUCCAACUGGCAGCCAAACAAAGCAGACUGGACAAACUGGAAACUGGCAACGAAACCUGUCCCGAAUGCCAAGUCCAACUGUUCAAAGACUCCACCCCCGACGAAAUGUUUAUAUACCUCCAUGCCAGACAGUACACCUGCCAGGAAAACGGCGUCACCAAAUGGGACUACCAGGCCCCCCUGCCGCCAUGGGCGCGGUGA